AUGGAUGGAAUUUCAAGGAAGCUGAACAGUACAAUGGGAGCCAAUGGUGUGGGUGCCCCCAGUGGCAAGCAUGAAGGAAAGGAAAGAAGCAGCAAGAGAAUGCCAUACACGAAGCCUCCAUUUACCCUUGGCGAAAUCAAGAAGGCCAUCCCUCCCCAUUGCUUCGAACGAUCCCUUCUCCGCUCGUUCUCCUAUGUGGUUUAUGACCUGUCCAUAAGCUUUCUCCUCUUCCACAUCGCCAUCACAUACUUCCACCUCCUACCAUCCCCCCUUGCCUACAUUGCGUGGCCCAUCUACUGGAUUUUCCAAGGCUGUAUUCUCACCGGUGUUUGGGUCAUUGCUCAUGAAUGCGGUCACCAUGCCUUCAGUGAUUACCAAUGGGUUGAUGACACAGUUGGCUCUAUCCUCCACUCUGCACUUUUAGUCCCAUACUUUUCCUGGAAAUACAGCCACCGCCGCCAUCACUCGAACACAGGGUCCCUUGAGCGUGACGAAGUGUUCGUCCCGAAGCCCAAGUCCCGAGUCGCAUGGUAUUCCAAGUACCUAAACAACCCACCAGGUCGAGCUUUAGGUCUUGCUGUCACGCUUCUGCUUGGCUGGCCCUUAUACCUAGCCUUCAACGUUUCAGGCCGACCCUAUGAUCGCUUUGCCUGUCACUUUGAUCCCUAUGGCCCCAUCUAUUCUGAUCGUGAAAGACUUCAGAUUUACCUUUCUGAUCUGGGCAUUUUUGCUGCAACUAUUGUGCUCUAUAUCAUUGCUGCAUCACAAGGGCUGGUAUUCCUGAUAUGCAUUUAUGGGGUGCCAUUAUUUAUUGUUAAUGCUUUCCUUGUCACCAUCACAUACUUGCAGCACACUCACCCUGCAUUGCCUCAUUACGAUUCCUCGGAAUGGGAGUGGCUUAGAGGAGCUUUGUCAACCAUGGAUAGAGACUAUGGGGUCCUGAACAAGGUCUUCCAUAACAUUACAGACACACAUGUAACUCACCACCUCUUCUCUACAAUGCCACAUUAUCAUGCAAUGGAAGCUACUAAAGCAAUCAAGCCAAUACUGGGUGAGUUCUAUCAGUUUGAUGGUACUCCAAUUUACAAGGCCAUAUGGAGGGAGACGAAAGAGUGCCUGUAUGUUGAUCCAGACGAGGGAGGUCCUGAAAAAGGCGUGUUCUGGUACCGGAACAAGUUCUGA